UAUUUGGAAGUGUAGAGAAUUUUUUGUUGAGAUUGUGUAGUGGCUGCUAGUUAAACGAAAAAAGUGAUAUUUUGUAUAAAAAAUAUUAUAACAAUUUUUUAUAUUAGUAAGCUAUGUCUGUUGAUGCAUUUUAUCAUCAAAUCCCGUAUUUGGAUCCAGAUUACGAGGACUCUCGUUCCAAUCAUUUUGAACAAAAUGCGUAUGAUAGUGGUCGUCAAGAAGAUGAGGAUGAAGAUACGGAUGACGCGAGUGAAACUGAAUACCGCAACAACAGCAGGGACAACAGCGUUAGCAACAAUACAAAUGGGGGCAGCAAUCAUGAGCUUAAGGAACAAAUGUACCAACAUAAAUUGGCAAACGUGCAAAAGCAGUUAGAAGAGCUGAAACAGUUGUUACAUCCUGAGUACUUAAGGCGUUUCAGAAAAUUGGAGUACCAAAUCAAAGAUCGUCUGCGUUUAAAUGACAUACAUCGAGAGUAUCUAAAAGAUUGUGUAGAACGCGAUUAUUUUUUAGAAAAGAAAGCAGCACAAAAAGACUUUGAUGAGAAAAAGGUUGAUUUAAAAGACAACAUUUUAACUGAUUUCGAUGAGCGAAGAAAAGUUAUUGAAAUGGAACGCUACAGUCUCGAAGUAACCGGUGAUUCUACAGAGAUUAAGCCUACUGUUACACGUAAGUUGCGGCGUCGUCCAAAUGAACCAGUGCCUGUUGUUGAAAAACGACGGAAACCAACUACUGGACAACUGUUGGUGUAUUUACUUGAUGAGAAGGAUAUUGAGAAUGACCUCAAAACGAUACAACGCGGAAAACCGUUGACUCCAACUCUGCAGCAAAAUGGUAUAGGUAAUUAUAGUAACCACCAGUCCAACUCUUUGCUGACGGAAAAUUAUAAUAAUUAUGUUGAAACUCGAAUUGAGGACGGUAAACUGUUGUAUGAAAGGAGAUGGUUUCAUCGUGGACAGCAAGUAUAUGUUGAAGGCAAGGAAAUGCCAAAAUUUGCGGCAACAAUAAACGCUAUUGGAAAUGAAGUUGUUUGGGUAAAAAAAAUAAAUGACAGUAAAGUGAAAAUAAAUAUGUCCCAUUUAGCA